GGCGGAGGUGGGGGAAGGGGAGUCGUUCCGUUUAACCCUGAGUUCCCCGAACCCACUCAAUUUUGCUAAAUUGGCAGUUCGGGAAUUCCUCCUUUUACUUUCCUUCCUCUGGCUCACUCCCUUCCCUUAUACCCAAGUGUGGUUCACAAUGCAAAUUGGAGGGAGCCUUCACCCUAACCUCUUCCUGCUCCCCACUCUUUUCAUCCCUUUAUGUUGCUUUCCAUUGACCUCUGCAAAUUUUGCAAUGGGGGAGGGAUUUUUUAAAUUGCAUUUGCACAAAGUUAGGUAUCUGGGCAGGCAAGGGGGGAGGUAGGGAGGGAAUGGGGAGCAGGCCCCGCCCCUACCGCCCUUUGCAAAUAAAAAUCUAGAAGGGGGGGAGGAGCAGGAAGUGGCGGUGCGAGGGUUGCUGCACAGCUAGCAGAGCCGAGGUCCGGACGGCAGCGCGUGCCCCGAGCUCUCCGCCUCCCCCCGCCCGCCAGCCGGAGCCCAGCCCGCGGCCCCAGCAGCAGCGCCGAGAGCAGCCCCAGCAGCAGCGCCAUGUCGACGCCCGGGUGGGACGCCUACAUCAGCAACCUCAUGGCGGACGGGACCUGUCAGGACGCGGCCAUCGUGGGCUAUAAGGACACGCCCUCCAUCUGGGCCGCCGUUCCCGGGAAAGCCUUCGCCAACAUCACGCCAGCUGAAAUUGCUGUCCUGGUUGGCAAAGACCGGGCAGGUCUGUUCGUGAAUGGGCUGACACUCGGGGGCCAGAAAUGUUCUGUGAUCCGGGACACACUGCUGCAGGAAGGCGACUAUAGCAUGGAUCUUCGUACCAAGAGCACUGGGGGAGCGCCCACCUUCAACAUCGCUGUCACCAUGACUGCCAGGACGCUAGUCCUGCUGAUGGGCAAAGAAGGUACCCACGGUGGUGUGAUCAACAAGAAAUGUUUUGAAAUGGCCAACCACCUGCGGCGUUCCCAGUACUGACUUCAUCUUUCCCUUCCCCCUACCACUCCCCACUGCUUUGGCACUCUCCUUCCCAUACACACACAUAUACCAUUUUUAUUUUUUGGGCCAUUACCCUAUACCCCUUAUUGCUGCCAAAACCACAUGGGCUGGGGGCCAGGCCUGGAUGGAAGACACCUCCCCCUACCCAUACCCCUCCCGUGUGUGGUUGGAAAAAUUUUUUUUGUUUUGUUUUUUUUCUGAAUAAAAAAGAUUCUAACAA